UUUACCUCAGGCACCAUGGUUGCAACGGUUGGACUCUUCGUUCUUUUCAUUUUGGGCACUAGCUGGGCAUGUGAUGCCAGAGAAUUAACGACAACCGAACUCUCUAGUAGAGAAACGGUGAUAUCUGAUGUUUCAGUGUUGCAGAUAAAUCACCAGGAAUCAGAAGGCAUAAUUAAAGCUUCAGAAGAAGUUGGAAGGAAUGAAAAUGUGUGCACGCUGUGUGAAGAGUUUGCUACCAAGGCAAUUGAGUACCUCGAGGACAACAAGACUCAGACGGAGAUCAUUGAUAUCUUUCACAACACCUGUGCUCGGCUGAUCCCUUUUGAGAAAAAGGUAGUAACUGACAUAAAUGCCAUUGGAUUUUAAUAAACUUGUUUGUUC